AGAAAAGAGAAAGCUAGUGAUUUGUUGGUUGGGUGGAGAGUGACCAAUGAGAGAGGAGCUUCCAGAGUGUGGUAGUCAUAUGACACAGCUGAUCAAUAUCGUCAGUCACAUCAAAACAUCACAGAGUCCUGCUACGCUACUUCAGGCAGAAUGUUGGACAGUCUUUUUAACAUAGACAAUGGCUACCUUGAGGGCCUUGUCAGAGGCUUCAAAAAUGGAAUCUUGAAAGAGACUGACUACUUGAACCUGGUGCAGUGUGAAACCCUAGAUGAUCUGAAGCUGCAUCUACAGAGCACCGACUAUGGGCACUUCCUGGCCAAUGAGGCAUCACCGAUACAAGUAUCAGUGAUUGAUGACAAGCUGCGAGAUAAGCUAGUGGCAGAGUUUCAGCACAUGCGUAAUCAUGCUGUUGAACCCCUAGCCACUUUUCUUGACUACAUUACUUAUGGAUAUAUGAUUGAUAAUAUCGUACUGCUGAUCACUGGGGCCCUUCACCAGCGACCAAUCUCAGAGUUGAUGCCCAAGUGCCAUCCCCUGGGAACAUUUGAACAGAUUGAAGCCAUCAAUGUUGCCUCGACUAGCUCUGAGCUAUACAAUGCCGUCUUGGUCGAUACUCCUUUGGCUGAUUUCUUUGGUGAAUGUGUGAGUGAGCAAGAUUUGGAUGAACUGAACAUAGAGAUCAUCCGCAACACACUAUACAAGGCAUACCUGGAGUCUUUCUACAGCUACUGCAAAUCUCUGGGUGGCAUUACUGCUGAGGUCAUGUGUGAGAUACUUGCUUUUGAGGCUGACCGUCGAGCAUUCAUCAUCACACUUAACAGCUUUGGGACGGAACUAACAAAUGAGGAUAGAAAGAAACUUUACCCUCAGUGUGGUAAACUUUAUCCUGAUGGCCUGGCUGCUCUUGCUAGAGCUGAUGAUGCAGAAAAUGUGAAACAAGUAGCUGAGUUUUACACAGAGUACCGUGCACUGUUUGAGGGAGCCGGCAGCAACCCUGGAGAGAAGACUCUGGAGGACAAGUUCUUUGAGCAUGAAGUAAAGUUGAAUGUUAAUUCUUUCCUGCAUCAGUUUCAUUUUGGCGUCUUCUAUGCAUAUCUCAAACUAAAGGAACAAGAGUGCCGGAACAUUGUUUGGAUUGCUGAGUGUAUUGCUCAGAAGCACAGAGCUAAGAUUGACAACUACAUCCACAUUCUCUAAAAUAUCUUUUUAUUUUUUUUAUUUUUUUUUUUUCAAAAUUUAAUUUUAGUAUUUUCAAGUUUACAGGUAAAAUAAAACUUGAAGUAUUUAUGGAAAUGCUUUUUCUUAAUGAAAUAUAAAUAUAUUGCUAUUGUAAUCAGCUUUCAUUUUUAGCAAUAAGUUCUUUAUCAUUUAAAAUUUAAAGGUAGGAUGUUGUGUAAACAAAAUUUAUUAUUAUUAUAAUCAAGGGGAAGCGCUAAACCCAUAGGAUUAUACAGCGCUGGGGGGGGAUAUGGAAGGCAUUCAGGCUUAAUUCGGGGAACUGGAGCACAGAUCCAACUCCCUAAAUCAAGAGCCCCUCACCAACAUCAAGGAACCUUCCCUGAGUGGUAUAUAUUGAUAGUGUAUGAAUUUCCUGCCUUGUACUUUUAUAGCUUGCAUAAAUGUAAGAAUUUUAAUAUUAGCUGGUGAUUAUUAAGUCAUUCCACAGAGAUUAUCAGGGAAAAAAACAAUAGUUGAUGAUACUUGUUUGCCAUGUGAAACCAUAAAUAAAAAUAUAAUAAAUUCAAGCACUAAUAUCAGCUUGAGUGCUAAACCUGUAUGGGUCAUAGUGAAACCAUGACCUGAACUAUUUCUUAAACUAUAUAGUGCUCAUCUCUAGCAGUAUAUUGAACUUCUAAUUGCCUGCUGCUUUAGGCAAUUUAAAGAAAUUCAUCUAGAAAACUUUACAUUGCCAGUUGAACAUUUUAAGAAAAUAUUUUGGGUGAAAUUAGUUUUCAUAAAAGUUGAUACUGGUCCUGUCACAUGUUACAGGUUCCUCAGUGUUAGUAUAAGGUUGGAACAACUUGCCCUAAUUUUUAUUAAGUCUGUUUAGCUGCAGUUUUCAGUGGUGUACAUAGUUCUACAUUAACAUGGUAGCUAGUGUAGCUGGUAUAUCUUGUAUAAUUUAUAUGUAGAUAUGAUAAAUAAGAACUGUUAAUCAGUGUUGUGUAUGAUAGCUAUCCAAAUUUUAGUUUGUGUAGUAGUAGUGUGUAUCAUAUGUAUGCAGUGGAAAUUAAAAUUGUUGCUAUAUAUAUAUAUAGCUACAUUCCAAGUGUUUCCUCAGUGGCUAUAAAGGUAUAUUCCUGCUGAUAUUGAAGAGACGUGCAGGAGUGAGCUUCAUUAUGACAGUUUUGAAGUGGUCAGUGACUUGAUACAACUGUCCACAGCAAAACAGUUACUAUGAAAGCUUACUUUGUAUUUUUCUUCAGUUUUCCAUUAAGGUUGCAGAAAAUAUCACAACUUCCAGGUGUGUGGCACUUGGCUCAUAACACAAGUGUUUAAAUUUUUUAAUGUAUAUAGUACUGUAUAUGUUUAUCAAGAUUUAUAAGCUUUCUGUGGAAAGUAUUAAAGAAUGGUGAUAA